AUGAAAUAAUAAUAAUAAUAAUAAUAAUAAUAUAUGGCUGAAGCGGUUCGAAGAAGGUUGAAAUCGAAACCGAAUCGUGCAAAAAUCGGUUCCGGUCCGAUUUCAAAACGGUUGGGCAUCGACUCUGUGUCGCCAACAAGUCUGAUUUUAUUUUAUUUUUUUCAGGUCGUGAAGGGCUUGGAAUCUCAAGAAAAAUGUCGCAAUGUAAGCACGGCGAGGCUGAAUCGAUUCAAAGAGAUGGCAACGGAUUGGGGAAAUCUAGUGGCGCUUCUUAUGAGGAGGCUAUGGAGGCUUUGUCGUCACUGAUUACGAAGCGUAGUCGUGCUGAUAAGAGCAAUAAAGGAGAUAACUUUGAUGUGUUGUUUGAUUAUAUUAAGUUUAUGGAGUUGGAGGAGCCAAUAAAACAGCUGAGGGUUAUUCAUGUAGCAGGCACCAAAGGAAAGGGGUCAACAUGUGCUUUUACGGAGUCUAUUCUGCGAAAUUGUGGGUUUCGCACAGGUCUUUUCACAUCUCCUCACCUUAUUGAUGUUCGAGAAAGAUUUAGGUUGGAUGGUGUUGAUAUAUCUGAAGAGAAGUUUUUGGCGUACUUCUGGUGGUGUUGGCAUCGAUUGAAGGAAAGAGCUACAGAUGAUAUACCAAUGCCAACGUAUUUCCGUUUUCUUUCUUUGCUUGCAUUCAAGAUAUUUGCAGAGGAGCAGGUGGAUGUUGCCAUCUUAGAAGUUGGUUUAGGCGGAAAAUUUGAUUCCACGAAUGUGGUGGAGAGUCCAGUGGUUUGUGGUAUAGCUUCACUAGGUUAUGACCACAUGGAAAUUCUUGGAAAUACUCUUGGGCAAAUUGCUGGGGAGAAAGCUGGGAUUUUCAAGAGAGGCAUCCCAGCUUUUACUGCACCACAACCUGAGGAAGCAAUGUCUGUACUCAAACAGAAGGCCGCAGAGCUAGAUGUAAAUCUUCAAGUAGCUGCUCCAUUGGAUCCUAGCCUGUUAAGUGGCCAGCACCUUGGGCUUGAGGGCGAGCAUCAAUACAUAAAUGCAGGCCUUGCAGUUGCAUUAUGCUCGACUUGGCUUCAGAAGAAUGGUCGUACUGGAAUCAAUUACCCAAACCAGCCGAUCUCUCUCCCCGAGGAAUUUAUCAAAGGGCUGGUAACAACUUCUCUGCAAGGGCGUGCUCAAAUUGUCCGAGAUCAGUUCCCUGAAAGUGAAACCCAAGGGGAUCUAGUAGUUUACUUGGAUGGUGCCCACAGCCCUGAAAGCAUGGAUGCCUGUGCAAAAUGGUUUUGCCUUGCAACAAAAGACGAAGAUAAUUCGUUGCAGAAUCUGGUUCAUAACAUUAAAGGAUUACAAGAUUCAAGUCAGAAUGGAUCAUUAAGGAAAAUAUGUACUCAGGUUUUGUUGUUUAAUUGUAUGUCUGUGAGAGACCCUCAGUUGCUUCUUCCCCGGCUCGUGAGUACAUGCGCUAAUCAUGGGGUACAUUUUAUGAAGGCACUAUUUGUUCCAAACACAUCAGUGUAUUACAAAGUAGGCACGGACAGCUCAUCUUUACCUGAUGCUCAGGUAGAUGUGUCAUGGCAAUUGACUCUUCAAAGAACAUGGGAAAGUAUCGUUAAUGGGGAGAAAGGUAAGGAUGGAAAGCAUGAAGAUUUAAUUUAUGAAGCUGGGGGUGAUGAUUCCCAGAAAGGAGCUCAUAUUUCUGAGAACAGCACAGUCUUCUCGUCGCUUCCCUUGGCUAUCAAUUGGCUCAGGAAGACAGCACAGAACAACCAAUCCAUUCGAUUUCAGGUCCUGGUGACGGGUUCUCUACAUCUAAUAGGUGAUGUUUUGCGACUAAUCAGGAAGUGAAGUGAUGACGACAAAUGGAGAGAACAAGGUCGCAAUCUCGUCUCAAUUUGAAUGGAUGCCUGUGACACUAGUUGCCUUAAAAUAGUUUACCAUUUUUCAUGCUUAGAUCCUUUGGAAAAAAAAAAGAGAUUGCGGUGGUGUUUGUUAUGGAGUUCUCAUUUUGACAUUUUUCCAAAUAGAACUCUCCAAUGCUGGUCAAUGAACUUGGUAUUUUAUUUGAAUGAAAGACUUCUUUUUCAUAUUGAACA